AUGUCUUUUGCGUCAGCACUUACAUUCGUUGUUGCUAUCUGGUGCAUCUACGUGGGUUGGCCAUGGUAUCGCAACUGGAAGCAGGCAAAGGAGCUGCAUAUUCCUGUUAUCCUAAGUCCUGUCUCUACCAGCGGUGUCGCAUUAGGUUUACUGAGAUAUAUACUGGACCUCAAUGUCUUACCAGCUUAUAUCACUCGAUUUCCGUUUAUUAGACUUCUCCGCAGAAAUUCGAGAUUCCAGGAGAAGUUCGCAGUCCAUGCCGAGUAUGGAAAGCUAUUAAUCUUAGUUACGCCGGCGACAUGUGAGCUCUACAUAGCAGAUGUGGAUGCCGCAAAGCAAGUCCUUACACGGUGGAGAGAUUUUCCAAAACCCAGUAGCCUUCUAGAAAAAAUGAAUGUCUUCGGCAAAAACCUAGCUACGGUAGAAGGGGUCGAUUGGCAGCGUCACCGAAAAUUGACCGCGCGUGCAUUCCAUGAGAAACUGCACGAGGCAGUUUGGGUCGAAUCGACGAGAAAUGCGUUAAAGGUUUUGAAGAAAUGGAUCAACACCAAGUCCGUCUACAGUACGCGGUCCGAUAUGAUGGCGCUGAGCCUGGGUGUGCUUUUUAAAGCAUGUCUUAAUAUUGAUGGGGUGGAUAAAGAUGAUACUAGGAUGUUAGCGGGUGACGUUGCCGCCUGCCAAUGGCAUCUGGAUGUGGUCCUAAACGGAAUAUCGAACCCUAUAGGUCUAGAAGUUGGAGGAAUCAAAAAGCUCAAGACGAGCUAUAAAGCCUUGGGCGAGCUAUUGACCGAGUUUGUGGAAGCUCGAACGGCACGAUCAAAACAUACGACGCACGCAGAUCUCUUGUCAUCAAUCCUCGCUCCAACAGACCAUCGUGCUCUAUCAACCGAUGAAGUCACGGGCAAUCUGUUUCUCUUCAUGUUCGCCGGUCACGAGACCACUGCGAAUGCCUUGAUCUAUAUUAUCCUUCUUAUGGCGAUAUUCCCAGCCUGGCAGGACUGGGCGCUAGCAGAGGUUGACCAAUUAUUAUACAAUCAAGCUAAUGGAGAAGAAGUUCCGUCCUAUAGGCAAAUUCUGCCACAAAUACAACGACUGCGAGCAAUUUUGUAUGAGACUCUUCGGCUCUACGGUCCCGUGCCGACUAUAGUGCGACAGACAAAUUCCAUGGCUCAGACCCUAGUGUUAUCCGAACGAGAGACCAUAAUCCCUAAGGAUACGCCUGUAAAUGUCAAUACCAUAGCCUUACAUACAGAUCCCAAGCAAUGGGGUCCAGACCCUCUAGCCUGGAGACCCGAUCGGUGGAUAUCGCAGGAGUCCGACUCAUCUCUGCAAAUGGUUUCAAAUGAACUGUUUAGGUGCCUCUUCGCCUGGGGAGAUGGGCCGCGGUUGUGUCCGGGACAGAAGUUCUCGCAGAUCGAGAUCUUCGCAGUUCUUCUCUGCCUUUUUAAAAGCCACCGUGUGGAGUUAGUGGCUUCUCCUGACCAAACUAUGGACCAGGCAAGAUCUCAUGCACUUUCCUUGAUCCAGAAUAGUAUGGUGGGCCUUACGUUGCAGAUGCCACAUGCCGAGUCAGUAGGCCUGCAAUGGGUGGGGCGAUAA